AUGGCACCGCUCUCGACUGCAGAAUGCUCGCAGAAUGGCCAUCAAGCGCUGGACAGUAUCAGCCAAGAGCAAACCGGCGUGCAUCACAAUGGACGUUUGGCAGAAUCAGUGGCCAGCGGCAAAGACGGAAAACCCACAGGGCAAGCUCAAGCUGACGGACAUGACAUGCAGAGACAGAAGCAAGUGCUGCUGCUGCAAGCCAGCGCUGCACUGCAAACUUUCUGUAACUCCCUCAUUCACUCCGAUGUAUCUGUGCUUCUUCUGGAAGUGUGUCAGCAGGAUGCGCACAGCUUUACCCAGUGGUCCAUGUGCCAGAGAACUGCAGAGUCAUUUCUGGACUUUCUGGCAACGCCGGCGGUUUGUGUGCUUGCAGAUGCCUAUGGACGGCGACCUCUGCUCCUCCUUACGGGGCCCCUUGAACUGUGUGGAUGGUCUGUGAUAGGGGCAUUGGUGCCUCGAACUCUCACUUCCAAGCCUUUAGUUGCUUUCAUGAAGGCUUUGUCUUCGGUCACAAGCACUGCCUUUUUGACGGUGAGCAGUUCUGCUCAAUCAGACCUGCUACAACAUCGGCCAAAAGACUUGGCGGAUGCAAUUGCAACCGGCCAGUCUUAUGUAGGCCUUGCUGUUGUUGGAGCGCCACUACUGUCGAUAUUGCUUCGUAGAAACUUUGGAGCUCACGCGCCCUUCUGGAUGGCAGGCGUUCUGAGCAGCAUUAUUCUUGCUACCGUUCUCUCGGUUCCAGAGACUCUGGAGACUUCUGGACGUAGAAGGAUCGAGCUUCACAAGUUUAAUCCGCUUGAAUCAGCAACGCUCCUAUUUCGACAGGGCUCCAACUUGGCACAUUUGGCCUUGAUGUACUCGAUGCAAUGCGUGACACGCUGUGUGGAUGCCUAUUUGCACACCUUCAUGGAACUGCGACUUGGCUGGGGCCGCACCCAGAUGUCCAAGCUUCUUAGCUUCUGGGGCUUCUGCGUUUUCCUCGGUAGCAACUUGCUUCGGAAAGCAUUGAAGCGAUUUUCAGCUCGAAGAAUCGUCCUUGCUGGUACACUAUUCAGCGCAGCCGACCUUGCCCUUCGAGGGCUUACGCAUCGUUGGUGGCACUUGCCAGCAGCUUUGGUGUUGGGCCUUCCAGGAAUAAGUGUCGAAUCUGCCAUGCGAGCAAUGCUCACAUCUGCUGUGCGAGACCAGUGCCCAACACUGGGUGGAGCAACGACACAGGCUGCACUAAAAAUGCAGCAAACUCUGACAUGUGCUGUAGUGGGCUCUCCUCUGAUCGGCCAAGCAUUCGCCUGGUGGCUGCGGCAGCCGAGAAAGGUAAGCAGUGGAUUCGUUGCAACGCACUACGUGACGGCAAGCCUCUGUAGUCUUCUAGCACAUGCUUUACUUCAGUCUUAUGUGCCCGCAUGA